UAAAAUGGCCGAGAGGAUCGCGUUGAUAUCCCAGAAGUCAAUCGCUAAUUGGGACAAAUCAGGAAAAAUCGAUUUUUUGGAGAGUUGUAAAGAAUGCCUUAAAAGUUCAACCGGUGACAAAAUAAAGUACGAGAACGUCAGUAGGCCAGGUGAAUCUGACAUAAAGAGAUUGCUGUACGAGCUUUGCCUUGUGGGUGUCAAGGGUCAACUGAAAAUUGACCAAGUGGUGGCCACCUUUACUGAAAUUGCUAGUUUGUACCCCAGCAUAACAUUGCUCCUAGCUGAUGUCUUUGGUGUUCUAGAUAUUGAACUCUCGUGUUACGAUGUAGCUGAAAGUAGGGGGAACUUCAUCAACUUGUUGAUCGCCUCACAGGUAAUAGUACCAGAAAGCUUGUUGAAGGAGAGAUUGGAUCUUGACGUUUUAGAGGCUUUGGGUCUGCUUCAGUCAAAAACUAUUUACCAGCAGAAAUAUGUGAAGACCAAGACAAAAUUAUACUACAAACAGCAAAAGUUCAACUUAUUGCGCGAGGAGCCCGAAGGCUAUGCCAAACUAAUAACAGAGUUGUGUCAGGAGUACAAUAGUGAUGAACAUUCUAAAUCUGCCAGUCAAGAGAGGAUCGAUGAUCGGUUGGAGGCUGUCUUGGAACGUGUCAAGUCCCUUAUAGGCUGCUUCAAUUUGGAUCCUAAUAGAGUGCUGGAUAUAAUCCUGGAGGUAUUUGAAUGUAGACCGGAGAAGCAGGACUUCUUCAUACCGCUGCUGAGCAAGUACACAUUGGACCCUACGACGCUAUGCCACAUUCUGGGAUUCAAAUUUCAAUUCUAUCAGCAAACAGCUGAUUCAGUAACAGAAGCCUCCCUCUACCACAUGACAGCCCAGCUCAUCCAGCACAAUUUGAUCUCCUUGGAUGCUCUUCUAUCUCCAUCUGAUUCUGAAAUGAUGGACAAAUACAAGAAAGAAUUGACCGAAGCCAAGCAGCACCACCUCAAGUUGAAUGUCCUCGGUACAAUGGUGGACAAAAGUAUUGGGGAUGAUAAUAAAGAAAAUAAUACUUCCACUACUGCUACCACAACUGCUGCCGCCUCUGGUAAUAACAGUAUUGGUAGUAAUAAUACUGUAGCAGCUAGUACUGGCAGUGGGGCGAACAAUGAAAAGGACCGGAGUGAGGAUAACGAUGUAACAACGACAACAACAAACAUCAAUAACAACAUGAAUGACUGGAGCGCCAGCGUGAACAACAACAACAACCAGAAACUUGGACUCUGUGGUGCCCUCAUCGACAUUGGGGAUUGGGCACAUGCCCAGGAAAUAAUUUCCAUGCUGCCUCCCUUCACUGUCGUCUCACAUCCAACCGUCUGCCAGUCACUCUGUCGACUUAUCAAAUACAUUAUUCAACCCUUAUAUGAUAUGCACUGUGGAUUGCCAUUGGAGAUUUUAUCCAAUCAACAGAAGAAGUCUUCAUCUCCGUCACCCAACUACCCGCCAUUCAUUGAGCGUGCCACGGAAUUUGAACAUCUUCCCUUGUUAGCCUUCCCUCUGAUCAGUCAGCUUGGUCCUUAUCUCUACAGAGAUCCCAUCCUAUUAGUGAAGAUCAACAGAAUAGCCAAGACAUAUAUGACAGAGAGAGAGAAGUUGAAGCAGCAGCAGCCGCAGCAGAAUAGGUCGGAGCUGACGGAUGUGUUCUGUGGACUGAUGACGAUAUACGACGAGUCCAUCCUACCCAGCCUCUCGCUCAUGCCUGGUAACUGCUGCGUCUCCGAGGAACUUUGGGGCUUCAUCAAGACGCUCAGAUACGAACACAGGUACAGACUCUAUGGACAGUGGAAGAAUGAAUCCCGCCUGCAUAAUCCUGUCUUGUUGAAGGCACAUGCUGAAGUUCUGCACAAGUCCAAGUACAUCAUGAAACGACUUGCCAAGGAAAAUGUGAAGCCACUUGGACGACAGAUUGGCAAACUGUCCCACAGUGCUCCCGGUGUUGUCUUUGAACACAUAUUAUCCCAGAUUCAGAGAUACGACAACUUCAUCAUUCCAGUAGUUGAUAGUCUCAAGUUUCUCACUUCGUUAUCAUAUGACGUCCUCAUAUAUUGCAUCAUCGAGGCACUGGCCAAUCCUGAGAGGGAAAGAAUGAAAACGGAUGGCACUAACAUAUCAACAUGGCUGCAAAGCCUUGCAAACUUCAGUGGGUCAGUUUUGAAAAAGUAUCAGGUUGAUAUAGCUGGUCUCCUCCACUAUAUUCUCAAUCAGAUGAAAGCUGGAAAGAGUUACGAUCUGUACGUCUUGAGGGAAGUAAUCCAGAAGAUGGCUGGCAUUGAGGUUAGUGAGGAGGUGACAGACGACCAGCUGAUGGCCAUGGCUGGUGGAGAGCUUCUCAAACAAGAGGGUGGCUACUUCACUCAAGUACGCAACACAAAGAAGCCAUCGAGUAGAUUGAUGGAUUGCCUCACAGAGCACAACCUCACCAUUCCUCUCUGCCUCAUGAUGUCACAGCAGAGAAAUGCCAUCAUCUUCCAACAGCCGAAGCAUCAACAACUUCUGCAACUUCAAAAGUCCGAUGGCCUGCCUGACGUUGAUAAUAGGCAUGUCAAACUUGUUGGCAAGCUCUACGAUCAGUGCCAAGACACAUUGGUGCAGUUCAUCAGCUUCCUGUUGAUGCAGACGACAACCGACGAGAUGCGGAAGAAGCUUCCAAACAUCCACCAGCUCAGCACCACUUACUUCAUCUCAUCUGAAGUGGCAUUCUCAUUAUGGAGGGGGAUCUACACUGCUGAUAUCAAUGCAAAAGUUGAGGAACUGAGAAGACAGGAGAAGAAAGACAAGGCAUCCCCAAAUAUCAGCUCACAAUCUCUCAAAAUCCAAAGAUAUUAUGAAGCAGUUGAGUCAGUCAUGUCACCCCUCAGGACACAACUGAUUGAGCCUAUGAUGACUCCAAAACUCUGGGAAGAGCUCAACAUUCAAUUUUACACGACCUUCUGGUCGCUGGAGUUGUAUGACCUUGAAGUGCCCAACUCGACUUACGAGAACCAAAUCAAAAUGCACCAGACUCAACUGCAGGUCAUUGAAGAUAACAAGGAUCUGGCGCAAUCGAAGAAGAAGAAGGAGAAGGAGAGAUGCACGAGCCUGAUUGAGAAGUUGACCGAGGAGCAGAAGAAACAGGAGGAACACGUCAAGAUGGUCAUGGCCAGACUCAACAAGGAGAGGGAUGUCUGGUUUUCUACAAAACUUGCCAAGCACUCGACGAUAACGGCCAUCUUACAGUAUUGUUUGUUUCCACGAAGCUGCUUCACAGCCAUUGAUGCAGUCUACUGUGCAAAGUUCCUCUACAUGCUGCACAACCUCAAGACAUCACACUUCUCAUCUCUCAUCUGUUAUGAUAGGAUCUUCAGUGACAUCACGUGGACACUAUCCAGUUGCACAGAGAACGAGGCACACAGGUACGGCAGAUUCCUAUGCUGUGUACUCAACGACAUCAUGAGGUGGCACUCUGAUAAAAAUAUUUACGAUAGGGAAUGCGCCAACUAUCCGGGAUUUGUGACAGUUUUCCGCUCUCCCAACACAACUUCAAAUGCGAUUGCUGAUAAUCUCGAUUACGAGAAUUUCAGACACGUCGUACAUAAAUGGCACUACAGCAUCACAAGGGUUGCAGUAAAUUGUUUGGAGUCUUCAGAUUACAUCCAAAUUAGGAAUAUGAUCAUCGUUCUCACCAAGAUUCUCAGUAACUACCCACGCGUUAUGAAGCUAGGAGCUGCCCUGGAAAGAAGGGUUGAGAAGGUCGUUGAGGUGGAAAAAGAGAAGAGACAGGAUCUAUACGUCCUUGCCCUUGCAUACCUCGGUCAGUUGAAAUCUACCAAGAAACAUUGGGUGCAAGACUAUCAGUUCCACAAGAAGGAAGCUGAAACUCAGCAGCAACAACAACAACAGCAACAGCAGCAAGCGCCAAUGCUGUUACGACGACUGCAACAAGUUCAGAUAACAUUACGUCAACUGUUAAAGUGGAGUACGAAAGAGAUGAAAAAUGUAGGAAAUGCAAAGAUGAAUGUGCUCAGACUUUAA